GGCGAUGCUUGGGGCGAUGGUGGAGGAGGAGGCGGCGAUAACUGGGGGGAGUCAUGGGGCGGAGGUGGGGGUGGAAAGGAUGGUUUUGGUGGAAAUGCCGGCGGUAAAGAUCCCUGGGGUCCUCCGGCAGCUGGAGGCGGUGGUAAGGACUCUUGGGGCGGUGGAGGCGGUGGAGGUAAAGAUGGCUGGGGUGGUCCGGCAACAGGAGGAGGCGGUAAGGACUCUUGGGGCGGAGGCGGAGGAGGCGGUAAUGAUACUUGGGGCGGCGGAGGCGGUGGAGGUAAAGAUUCCUGGCCAGCGGGAGGCGGCGGUAAGGAUCCUUGGGACAGCGGAGGUGGUGGGAAGGACGGCUGGGGUGCAGGCGGCGAUGGAAAUGACGGCUGGGGUAAUACCGGAGGUGGUGGAAAUGAUGGCUGGGGUACGGGAGGCGGUGGAGGUGACGGAUGGGGCGGUACUGGAGGUGAUUCAAAAGAUCCCUGGGGUAUGGGAGGUGGUGGUGGAGGCGGAGGCGGAGGCUCCUGGGGAGAUUCGGGAAUGGGCGCUACUGGGUUUAGCCCCAUUGCAGAAGAGGAAGAGGAAGAAGAUGAUAACUAUGGUGAUCCCCGUCGCGUCCAUUUCUCUCCCAAGGCGGCUUUGAAAAGGAUGAUGGGAAUCGGACGCCAUGCUCCAAUACCGCCUACGAAGAAUACCAGCUAUUCUCUGCCUUCCAAGACCCUUACCCACGCAGUUAAAGGAACCACGACUGCUCUUGAUUACAACAUACCGCACAACAAGAUGAAUGAAUAUACUAACGUCAAAUUCAUUGAUUCCCGAGGCAUGGCACUGGACGCUGUCAAUAACGCGCUCUUUGGAAGGAUGCGGAAGGCGAAAGAGAGGAUAUACUGGGGUUUUUCGCCAGACAAAGACGAACGCGUCUCGUCUGUGAUUUCAUGGGUACAGGUCGUGAACUACUCUUUGGGUUCGUACGGACUUCAUCGAUUUCUCCAAAGCCAAGAAAGAGGCGCUCUGUUCGUUAAUGCGGAUUACAGAUCUCCGAAAAAUCCUAACGAGCCCGCUUUUGACUGGUUGACGUUUGAUCAAUUACAGCAAACCCGGGACAAGAUACUUCAAGAAUCCGUAGCCUUCUACGAUCCUUCCGCUCAGGUUAUCGUCUUCAUCUUCCUACCCUCGCCAUCCGGUAACAGUGUCGCAAUGUGGCGCCGAAAGAUCAACGUUCCCAACAAUAUCCGAUUGAUGCUACAGGCUGAGAUUAACCUAGUCUUAACUGGCUUGAGGAAAGAUAAUGAAUACCUUGUUCACGUAGACGAACUGCCCUCAAAAACAGCUCCGAAAAACGUGUCCCCUCAUCCCAUGCAAGCCCCCUUAUAUACCGCCCCAGACCUGGCUAGGCAAAUGGAUAAAAUGCAAAGGCCAAGAAGAUGGUGGCAACUGUUUUAACUCAUACCCAGAUGAGCUUCUGUAUCUUUCACUUAUGGUUUCGUCAUUCUCGCUUUCGAUGAAAUAGUAUGCUAUCUGUAAGACUUAAUGUAGCGUCUUAACAACCCCCUCUUGUACAUGUUAGCUGUUGUAGGUACCCGUAUUCACUGUACAGAUAGACAUACGGGGCAAAAGUUUAUAUACAUAAAUGUAUUGGGAUUCCGCGAAGGAAAUGAUAUCAUUCGUGUGAACAUUUGCUAUCUUGUACACCGCAGUCGUCGAGCAGUUUCCUCUACUGUAUCAUGUAGCAUGAGAAUUAACACCAUAAGGAUUCACAAAUUCUUGUGACAUAGAUAAACACCUUUCUUAGUUUCUGUAACGACGGACGCUCUAUAUACCCCCCUUGAAUUAUUUUUCUUUUCGCUGCGCUGUAGUGCUUUCUGGAG